AUGUCCCGCGAGGAGCUAUUGGUACUACGGAAGACUCUCACAGAACUACUCGACAAGGGAUUUAUUAGAGUCAGCAGCUCGCCAGCCGCGGCACCAGUCCUUAUGAGGGACCGCUAUCCCUUGCCCUUACUGAGCGAGACCUUGCGAACGAUAGCCAAGGCAAGGUGGUUCACCAAGGUAGAUGUUAUAGCAGCGUUCCAUAAGAUCAGGGUCGCCCCCGGCGACGAGGAAAAGACAACUUUCAGAACGCGCUAUGGAUCCUUCGAAUGGCUGGUAGUUCCAUUCGGCCUGACAGGCGCACCAGCAGCCUUUCAGCGGUACAUUAACAGCGCGCUCCAGGAUUACCUAGACGAUUUUGUGUCAGCAUAUAUCGACGAUGUCCUGAUCUUCUCCUCUGGAAGCCUGCAAGACCACCGCGACAAGGUCGGCAAGGUCCUCCAACGACUGAUGGACGCCGGGCUGCAACUGGAUAUCAACAAGACGGAGCCGCUAACGCGGCUAACGAAGAAGGACGUGCCAUUCCGUUGGGAUGAAUUGUGCGAAGAAGCCUUCGAGAAGCUCAAGGACUUGUUGAUCACGGCCCCGAUCCUUGCACACUUCCAUCCAGAAAGGGAGACUAUCGUGGAAGCAGACGCUUCAGGAUUCGCGUCGGGAGGCGUGCUCUUGCAGAGAGAUGAUAAGGAUGGACUGGUACGACCUGUCGCAUACUUCUCGAAGAAACAUUCGGCAGCCGAAGCGAACUACGCUAUCCAUGACAAGGAGCUACUCGCCAUUCUCAGAUGUUUGGAGCAGUGGGAACCAGAGCUACGGGCAGUAGAGCACUUCAAGAUCCUAACGGACCACAAGAACCUGAGGUUCCAAUUCGAGCUCGAAUGGAGGCCGGGCCGCAAGGGCGGAUUGCCUGACGCACUCUCUCGACGGGACCAGGAUAUGCCGGCCAACUACUCCGAUGAACGACUAAAGGGACGCAUUAUGAGGCUAUUCCAAAAUGAUCACCUUAGAAGGGUCCCAAUAUCGACAUUGUCUACCAACACCGAGGGUGCCCAGGAAAUCAACUUCGGAAAAGAUCAGGAUAUUUGA